GGAGGAGUCACUGAUUCUUUACAUUUGGUCAGGUAUAAAAGGAAAGGGUUAACCAGGUAGAGGUACAGUUCAGGAGCAACAGCACAUCUACAGCCAACAUGAGCAACACCGGCAUGAACAUGAGGGGCAAGAUCACCUUCUACGAGGACAGGAACUUCCAGGGUCGUUCCUAUGAGUGCAUGAACGACUGCGCUGACAUGUCCUCCUACAUGAGCAGGUGUCACUCCUGCAGGGUGGAGAGCGGCUGCUUCAUGGUCUACGACCGCACCAACUACAUGGGAAACCAGUACUUCAUGAGGAGGGGCGAGUACGCCGACUACCAGAACAUGAUGGGAAUGAGCGGUGGCAUCAGGUCUUGCCGUAUGAUCCCCAUGCACAGGGGCCAGUUCAGGAUGAGGAUCUACGAGAGGGAGCAGUUCGGUGGUCAGAUGCAUGAGCUGAUGGACGACUGCGACAACAUCCAGGAGCGUUACCGCAUGAACGACUGCCAGUCCUGCAACGUGAUGGACGGCCACUGGCUGAUGUACGAGCAGGCCCACUACAGAGGCAGGAUGAUGUACAUGAGGCCCGGAGAGUACAGGAACUUCAGUAACAUGGGAUUCAGCAACUCCAGGUUCAUGAGCAUGAGGCGCAUCAUGGACAACUGCCAGUAAAUGUUCACUAAAUGUUCACUGAAUGUUUAAAAUGCCAUUGAAUAAAUAAUUUCUGCACUACUCUAA